AUGAAAUUCAUAACUCUGCACGCUUUACUUUUGAGUCUUUCCUUCCUGGCUAUUGAAGCUGAAGAGCUAAUAGCUUUCGACAAACAAGUGGCAAAAUCUGAUCAGCCACAAGUGAUUACAUAUGAAACAAACUAUGAAGGCUACACUUUACCUUUUAUUGCUCGUGAUUUGGACUUGUUAACUGGAUUAAUAGAACACAUCAGCAAUCCAGCAUGCCGACAACAGUGUCACUUAAUUGUGGCUGGUUUGAGAAAUUUGACCACGUGGGCCGUCGAGUUUUAUGAUGCAUCUGGCAAGUUGCCUGAAGGUAUUCUUAGCGGGUCAACGUAUCACUUAGGCAACUUCGAUGAGUGCUUAGACAUUGGCAGAAAUGCCGAUGACGAGACGCCUUCGAGCAUCGGUGGGCAAUAUUGCUUAGGUCAAGUAAAGAUCGACGUACCCACGGGAGCUCAUGACCUGGACAACCAAUUAUCGCCGAUGUGGAAAAAAUUCACUAAAUUAGAGAAUCGUUAUGAUAAUAAAAUUGACGAAUUACACUGGGGUAUUUGCGUACCAGACUCUUGUACGAGCGAAGAUGUACAAGAGCUUAUUGAAAUCAUUUUCGCCAAUACAUUGGCAAAUAUGCAUUUUAACGUAAAGACUAAUAUUUCGAAUAAAGCUUGCUAUAAAAACGAAGAAAUACCAAUUACGACUAAUGAAAUAAUAUACUUAACUGUGAUAUCACUGACACUUGCAGUUAUGAUUAUUGGAACAAUUUACGAUGCCUUAUUCAUGAAAAAUAAAGCUCAAUCAAGAGGAAUUUUAUCUCAGAUUUUAGUGGCUUUUUCAUUUCCGACAAAUUUGAAAAAAUUAUGUGGCCCUGCUCAUGAGGAUUUGAAAUUCGAAUGCAUUUCCGGUGUCAAGUUCCUCGCGAUGGUUUUUAUCAUUGCCGGUCAUACUUUGAUUUUCGUAGUCAGUGGACCGGUACUUAAUCAAAAAUUUUGGUUUGAGGCAAUUGGAAAAGUAGAGAAUGCCAUUUUCCUGAAUAAUCCAUUACUCGUCGAUACAUUCCUUCUAUUAAGUGGAUUCCUCUUUUCGCGAAUUCUCCUACAGGAACUGGACAAAAGAAAAUCUGUUAACUUUUUGUUCCUAUACAUCUAUCGUUACUUCAGACUUACACCUGCGUAUAUGGUGAUCGUCGGCCUAUACGUGACCUGGCUACCAAGACUUGACUCCGGACCUCUUUGGUCGCGCAUGAGAUUGGAGAACGAGAGAUGUAUAGCUUCAUGGUGGGCGAAUGUUUUAUACAUCAACAACUACGUCAAUACUGAUAAAUUGUGCAUGUUUCAAUCAUGGUACUUGUCAGUAGAUACACAAUUAUUUAUACUUGCACCUGUGGUCGUGUAUCCACUUUGGAAGUGGCGAAAAUUUGGACACAUUAUCCUGGGAUUUGUAACAAUUUUUGCCUCCACUUUACCCUUCAUCGUAACUUUUGUCCAAGAAUUGGAUCCUACGUUACUGAUUUAUACCCCGGAAGUCAAGGACAUUUCUGCAAACGAAUAUUUUAAAACCAGCUACAUCAAAACACACAUGAGAGCCGGAGCUUAUUGCUUCGGCUUAUUGUAUGGCUACAUAGUAUACCGUAUACAAAAUUCUGAUACCAAGAUUACUAAGAAAACAGUGAAGAUUGGUUGGAUAUUGAGCAGCUGUGCACUCGUCUCAUCUAUGUACUCGAUUAGUCUGUUUUACGGUCCACGGAGGAACUUUACAACUGUCGAGGCCGCCUUCUACUCGUCCGUACAUCGAGCACUGUGGAGCAUUGGUACUGGCUGGGUUCUUCUAGCCUGUAUCACCGAUAAUGCAGGUUCUCUGCGAAAAUUUUUGAAGUGGCGACCUUUCGUGCCUCUCAGUAGGCUAACUUAUUCUGCCUAUUUGGUUAAUGGCCUUGUUGAACUACACAGUGCUUCCUCUGUUCGUGUACCACAACAUUUAGACACAUUUAGUCUGUUAGGAAAAGUAUUGUCUCACCUAACAUUGACAUUUGGCGGCGCAGUUUUACUUUCAGUAAUGUUCGAGUCACCAAUACUUGGAAUAGAACGGAUUUUUUUACGUCGUGAAAUAAAACCAUCUUGUACGUUGUCAAAGAAAACCGAUAGUGAAGAAACCACUACAACAGAUGCAUGAGUAUAGUCAAUAUUAGACUGGUCAAUUUUUUCUUAUUU